CGCAUCGGCCGACACUCGUCUUAUCGAGGGAGCGGAUACCCAGCGUAAAGAAGCCAUGAAGCGGGCGAGCGUAGAUGCCCCAAAGGCCAUCGCGGGCCUCCUUUCCCCGCCCCCCCUCAAUCCAACCUCUUCUCUACGAGAAGCUGUCCUUGUCUUCCACUCCACGAGCAGUUUACACCCACCUCAACUCCCGGGAGUGACGCGCAGUGCACAACGGCUCAGUAGAGUUUCAGAUCGCGCUUAAUGAUACAGGUCACUGCCUUCUUCUUUGUACUUGCGCUUUGCGCAGCCGGGGCUACUUCGGCUCCAGCCCCUACUUCGGAGAAGCCCACCCCGUUGGAUCCCCUCACCCACGCCAAUGACAUCUUCAAUGCCAUCCAUAGCUCCAUGCGGCAGUUUGGUUCCUCCCUGAACCACAACGGCCUGGGCUUCUACAUUGCCUCUGUUCCUCAAGACACCGAAUUCUAUCACGGUACCUCUCACGAGUUCCGGAUCAAUGGCACCGAAUGGCUGGCUUUCGAAGCGGAACAUGCUCUUCUGUUUGCCUCGAUGGGUCUAGGGAGAUUCCCUGGGGGAGGUCCUGGCGGGGGACCAGGACGCGGGCCGCCUCCGUCGAUCCGUGAACAGCAGGAACAGAUCCCCUUCAGCAGCUCGACUUUCAGCAGCGUUGCCCGGUCACGCCAUGGCUUUUUGCACACCUACAAGACUCGUCGUCCAUUACGCCUCCUAUAUCUGGAUGGCCAGUCGGCUGCGAAAUCUGACUUUGGCACCCUAGACACUCAAGAUCUCGUCAUUCGUAAGAAAUCAACAGCUGAUCCCAUGCCUGGUGGCGGAGAAUUCGAGAGGGCCGAGGACAUGUGUCGGAUUGCUCAAGAGAGCUGGGCAGGAAAAAUCGAUGGCAUUCUGCGGAUGGAGGGAGGCUUCGAAAUCAUUCUUUGCUCCUUUGCCGAGGUCCUCGACGUCAUCGACAUCAAGCAAGUCGAAGCUCCCGGUAAAUUCGAUCACUACGCCUACUACGAGGCCGUUGCAUCACGGUACCAUGGUAUUGGAGGGGGAAGGGUGACUCUCGACUAUGACAGCUUCGUCACUAUGUUUGCUCUCCCGAAUGCUACCUACAUCGACGAGGAAGGAAGACCGCGCAUGUACGCCGACUCUGAACAGGUCCAGAUCACAAGAGAUCUGCUACAUGCGUUGGCUCUCAGUGGAAAGACUCCUGAAAUCGAUGCCAUUAAUUGGCAAGCAGUAGUAGACAUGUACGUAGCUAGAUGGUCCAACCGUCUCGAGUACCUGUUCACGCUCGUUGGCGAAAAGAAGUCGUUCAAAGAACAACUAAAGAUGAUGCGCCGGCCUUACAUUGACUUCGCAAACAGGAGCAGGGAAGCAGAAGUGGGGAGAUGUGUCCAUCAGUUCUGGCCAGACAGUACACGCUCUUCAUCGGCGACCAAGUCAGUAGCUGCGCAAGCUGUCCAUCAAGUCGUCCACAAGAUGUGCUCCAGCAUUUGGACCGCUUGGGACGCCAUCGACGAUGGAGACGCUCAGAAAGCAUUCGACACUGCUACUGAGUUGAAGAGCUACCUCUCCUGGACGACUUGGAAGCAAUGUAGAGGCUGCCAAGCUCAUGAGAUCUGCAAGUUGCCAAUUUGGCCAAUGGGUUCCAAGGAGGACUUCGCUCAACCUCAGUGUACCGCCGACUUUGCCAGUGAUCGCGGGGGGUAUUGGGGGCAUGGAGGACCUGGCGGGCCUGGCGGGCCGGGUGGACCAGGUGGACCUGGAGGACCUGGAGGACCUGGAGGACCCGGUGGGCAUGAUGGGUCCGGAGGCUCUAAUUGGGCAUGACUCAUGGGUUGUCUCGUCCGUCGGCCAAUUACAGCAUACUUCAUCAUAUCAGAGCUACUUCCACUUGAGCGUCUCACCGUCCGCCGCGCGCCGUGCGCCGUGUUGCGGUCUCCUCUUGCCCGUCCAUAAUGAAGCUUCGCC